AUGGCUGGUCAUUGGAGUCCUCGACAGCGCACGAAUCGCGCCAACACUGUCGGCGCAUUUGUCUUCUUCGUCGUAUUUAUCUACUUCUUCCGCGACACCUUUUUACCCUCGAACACGCCGGCGCGAAAACAUAGAAAUGACUACUCUCAUAUGGCCCUGGGCGACAACGACGUCGAGAUGGUGGUCGCAAGUAUGAAGCAUGAAAAUGUUUCGUGGCUUGAUGAAUAUCUCCCUGAAUGGAAGAAGAACAUUUACGUGGUCGACGACAACAAGGCCAAGUUGACUGUGCCUAUGAACAAGGGUCGCGAGGCCAUGGUCUUCCUGACCUACAUCAUUGAUCGAUACGACUCCCUGCCCGGCAACGUCGUCUUCCACCACGCCGAGCGCUUCCAAUGGCACAAUGACAACCCCGAUUACGAUGCUCUCCCUCUUCUCCAGAACUUCCGUUUCGAUAAUUUAAAGAAGGUCGGCUAUGCCAAUUUGCGAUGUGUCUGGGUCCUUGGUUGCCCUGCUGAGAUUCGACCCAUCAAGGACGAGGCUCCCGCGAAGGAGGGCGAACCUAUUCACGCCCGCCAUGUUUAUAAGGCCGCUUUCCAGGAGCUAUUCCCCAGUCUUGAGAUUCCUGAGGAGGUCGGCGUCACAUGCUGCUCACAAUUUGCUGUUCGCCGUGAGACCAUUCACUUGCGUCCUCGUGCCGAAUAUGUACGAUUUCGUGAGUGGCUGAUUGUGUCUGCUUUGGGAGAUGACCUCAGUGGCAGAGUUCUUGAAUACUCAUGGCACAUCAUCUUUGGCAAGCCCGCAGUCAAUUGUCCAAACGCCGCCGAUUGUUAUUGCCAGAACUAUGGCAUGUGUGAUCUCAAGUGCGAGGCAGAUAAGUGUGAGGGCCAAUACACACUCCCUCCCUUCUCAACCCUCCCUAAGGGUUGGCCCCAGCUCGGAUGGAAGGGAGAGAACCGUGGAUGGAAAGGACAACCAUAA